AUGUCCCGAGUGUCACGGCGGGAGCACCAAUCACUAUUUUCGCGGGCCAAAGCCCAGUGUACUCCGUUUGCGGUCCGUCCCGAGCGACUGGCCGAGUGCAUCCCACGUCCUGGCCUUCUCCUUGAAAAGAUUCAGGCUGGGCUUGCUGGUAAUGGGGCUUUCAAGAACAACCCGCAGCUGGAUCCUUACACCAAUCGCGAGACAGGAAACGAAGGCAAACACCUGGGCAGACUACAGCGUGAUAUCGGUUCAUGCUCUCCCCCACUAAGUCGCUAUGGGAAUCUCGUCGGAGGCAUCCCGCUUUUUGGCAAUGGCGUUCCUGAAGGACCCCUAGGGCUGGAAAGAGGCCAAUGUGGGAUUUCACUAUGCUUGGAUAUUCCCGUCAAGGCUCGUGAAGGCUGGCGCGUGAAGGAGCGUCGGCAGCGCGUGGUCAGGCGCUACGAGGUCUCUUGUUCCGCGCCCAGGCUUCAUUUGCCGCCCCACAAGCUACGACUCAUCGCCCUCUGCAGCAUCCCAGCGCCAGCGCCAGCGCCAGCGGUAUUCCAGCUCCUCGCUAUCAAUAACUCGCUGCACUUCUAUUUAGGCCCUCUCUCUCGCCUUGGGGACGCGCUCCCCUCAUCGCUCUCCACCGCCAAAACGGCCCAACCAAAUUCUUCCCCCGAACCCGCUCGCUCUACCCCGCCGCAGCUACGCAUCGCCAACCAACUCACCACCGCCAGCGCAAUUCUCUGGGACCCCAAAUACACGACUCGCCCGCCGCCAGGAAAACUCAGGCCGACGCACGCAGGCACCCUCUCAGUCGCAAACCGCACCGACUCGACCAUCAGCGUGCGAAAUCUCGGCGGCGGCCAGACGGUUCCUGCUGCAUCCACCAUGGACAACCGCAGGCACCCCAGCUCCUUCCAGCAGCUGGAGAAGCUGGGAGAGGGCACCUAUGCAACUGUGUUCAAGGGCCGGAACCGCCAAACGGGCGAGCUCGUCGCGCUCAAAGAGAUCCACCUCGACUCCGAAGAAGGCACUCCCUCCACUGCGAUCCGUGAGAUAUCCCUUAUGAAGGAAUUGAAGCACGAAAACAUCGUCCUUCUCCACGAUGUCAUCCACACCGAGAAUAAGCUCAUGCUCGUCUUCGAGUACAUGGACAAGGACCUGAAGCGAUACAUGGACUCCCGCGGCGACCGAGGCGCCCUGGACCCUCCUACCAUCAAGUCUUUCAUGUACCAGCUACUCCGCGGAAUUGCUUUUUGCCACGAGAACCGCGUCCUGCACCGCGAUCUUAAGCCCCAGAACCUGCUCAUCAACAACCGUGGACAGCUGAAGCUGGCUGACUUCGGUCUUGCCCGCGCCUUCGGUAUUCCGGUGAACACCUUUUCGAACGAGGUCGUUACGCUGUGGUACCGUGCGCCCGACGUCCUGCUGGGAAGUCGCACCUAUAACACAAGCAUCGACAUCUGGUCCGCAGGCUGCAUCAUGGCCGAGAUGUACACGGGCCGGCCGCUUUUCCCCGGAACAACGAAUGAAGAUCAGCUGCAGAAGAUCUUCAGGCUAAUGGGCACGCCGUCGGAACGAUCGUGGCCCGGUAUUUCCCAGUUUCCGGAGUACAAGGGCAACUUCCCCGUCUUCGCAACGCAGGAUCUCCGCCUCAUUCUCCCCCAGAUCGACCAGGUCGGCCUGAACCUCCUCAACAGCAUGCUCCAGCUCCGACCCGAGAUGCGGAUAUCCGCCUCAGCAGCUCUGAAUCAUCCCUGGUUCAACGACUUGCCGCAGCGACAGCAACAACAUGCGCACGCCAUGGCAGCCGCGCAGGCGCAGGCACAGCAAGCCCAAAUGGGCUACCAAGUCCCACAAGGUGCUUAUUGA